UUUAAUUCCCUCACUACUUUUUUUUUUUCACCCUCCUUCGAUGUGCCCCGUUAUUAGCGUUUGUCUGAGGCGCUCAUUUCCGCACCUGCCACGGUAGAGACCAGGCGAAGGCGAAGUCGAGGAGGAGACAAGGACAUUGCGAGAGCCGGGGAGAGGCACACGGUAGAGACGGGCAGAAGCGGCGACUCGACUGAGAUCUUUAAAGGACACACACACACAAAAUGCUGCUGUGGACCAGAAUCGCAUUGGCCGCUGUCAUCUGCUUGUCCUUGGUGUCCUCGGGGAUGGGAUGCGGGCCGGGCAGGGGCUACGGCCGGAGAAGGCACCCGAAGAAGCUGACACCUCUCGCGUACAAGCAGUUCAUCCCCAACGUGGCGGAGAAGACCCUCGGGGCAAGCGGCAGAUACGAAGGCAAGAUCACGAGAAACUCCGAGCGAUUUAAAGAGCUGACUCCCAAUUAUAACACAGACAUCAUAUUCAAGGAUGAGGAGAACACCGGCGCCGACAGGCUCAUGACUCAGAGAUGUAAAGACAAGCUGAACUCGCUGGCCAUCUCGGUGAUGAACCAGUGGCCCGGGGUGAAGCUGCGGGUCACCGAGGGCUGGGACGAGGACGGCCACCACUUCGAGGAGUCUCUCCACUACGAGGGCCGGGCCGUGGACAUCACCACCUCGGACAGGGACAAGAGCAAGUACGGCACUCUGUCCAGGCUGGCGGUGGAAGCCGGAUUUGACUGGGUCUAUUAUGAGUCCAAAGCCCACAUCCACUGCUCUGUGAAAGCAGAGAACUCAGUGGCAGCGAAGUCAGGUGGCUGCUUCCCGGGCUCCUCCACCGUCACCCUGCAGGACGGAACCACGAAGCCGGUUAAAGCCCUGCAGACCGGCGACAGGGUGCUGGCGGCGGACGCGCACGGACAACCGGUCUACACCGACUUCAUCAUGUUCAUAGACCAAGACUCGACGACCCGGAGGCUCUUCUACGUCAUCGAAACCGACUCGGGCCAGAAAAUCGCCCUCACCGCCGCGCACCUCCUCUUCGUCGGCCAGGGCAACUCCACGGAGCGCGCGCACAGGCGGAUGUCGGCGGUGUUCGCCAGCCAAGUGCGACCCGGACACACGGUGUUCGUGCUCGACGCAGAGCGACUCCGGCCGGUGACCGUAACACGGAUUUACACGCAGGAGCACGAGGGCUCGUUUGCGCCGGUGACCGCGCAGGGAACCGUGGUGGUGGACCAGGUGCUUGCGUCCUGUUACGCAGUGAUCCAAGACCACGAGCUGGCGCACUGGGCCCUGGCACCGGUCCGGCUCGCCCACUGGGUGUCCUCGUUGCUUUUCAGCUCCCAGCCUCAGGCCAGUGCGCAGACGGACGGGGUGCACUGGUACUCCAAGGUCCUUUAUCAAUUAGGAACAUGGCUCUUGGACAGCCACUCGAUCCAUCCACUUGGGAUGUCAGUUUAUCCGAGUUGAACCUCCACCACAGGAGCCGAGUGGGACUCAGAUGUAGGACGCACGAACUAUUCAGUAGAUUAAAAAGUUAAAACAAAUAAUUAUUAUUAUAAAAAACAACAACAACAAACGAACAAACAAGACAAACAAGACAAAAAGGCCCCAGCGGAGUUGGGAUAUUUAUUUCAGUGACUUCUCCAAGACGUGUCCCCUUUCAAAGAAUGAAUGGAGCCUUAAAAAGUUUCUCUUUGAAUAAUUUAUUCUCAUGUGAACUCGCUGCUGUCUCACAAAUGGAUUCUGAAACGGUGUGAGCGGCGCAUUGUGCAUAAUCUAUUUUUGUAUAUCUCAAAUGCAAAACAGAAAAAAAAGUGAAAAGACAGGAAAAAAAACAAAAAAUGAAGAACAAAAAAAAAGUAAAAAUACGGAAAAAGAGAGAAACAGCGCAAAGAGAAAGAAGAACCAUGUAGAAAGGAGCUAACGUUGACAGGUUGUAAUGUUCAUAUUGUGCAUUGAUGUGCAACUGACUGUUAUAUUUCGGGGGAGAACAAACUUCGCGGGGUUCCAUAAAUUAUAUUUUUUAUACACAGAAUUGUAAAUUAGAUUUUGACAGAUCGCUACCGAAUCACAUUUCGUUAUUUGAAAUAGUGUAAGAUAUGAGAAUAUAUUUUAAUUUAAAUACAGUAGUUGGGGGAAAAGUAUUGGAAAAAAAAUCUUGUACUGCUUUGGUUCAUUGAGAUUUUUAUUCUUUUGGAGAAACUGUUGGUUUAAGUUGUCGGAGAGGGACAGAUAUUCUGCCUCGUGUCUGCAUUCUCUUGCAUUUUUCUUUUGUGUGUGUUUUCUAUUUUUAUUUUUGUCCUCCCUGUUUUCCUCUGAGAAAAAUAUUAAAAUGCAGAUCCUGACAAUUCCGUGACAGUUAAAGUAGAACCGAGACGGUUUCGUUGAAUAAAUUAAUAAGUAACUCCUGUAAAUGUACUAAAAAUGUAUUUUUCUUUUCAUAUUUUGUAAUAGGGAAAUAGUUUUAUAGAAAUGACCUGCGGCAGAUGCACAGUUUGGAUAGUCUAUAUAUAUAUAGCCAGACCAUACCAGUUAACUUUCAUAACAGGGCGAUGUGUCAAAAAAUGUCUAGAGUUUAUUAUUUAUAUGUUUAUUACAAAAUGAGA